UAUUUACCUUUGAGUAAUUACUUUGUGAUAAGCAUUGUAUGUGGCACUAACAGCUGACGCUUAAUCACCUACUGGAGUUGGCAAGAUGACUUCUGAAAAUGAGAAAGUUGCUUUGAUUACUGGCAUUACAGGGCAGGAUGGUUCAUAUCUGACUGAGUUUUUACUAAGUAAAGGAUAUGAAGUGUAUGGAAUCAUUAGGCGUUCCAGUACGUUUAACACUUCUCGAAUCAACCAUCUGUACGAUGAUAAAUAUAAGCACAGUGGAGGAAAGAUGCAUCUUCUCUAUGGUGACCUUACCGAUUCCAGUUGCCUCGUGAAGAUCAUCAAAGAAGUACUCCCUCGUGAAAUUUAUAACUUAGGAGCGCAGAGUCACGUAAAGGUUUCCUUCGACCUUAGUGAAUACACGGCCGAAGUCGAUGCGGUGGGCACCUUAAGGCUUUUAGAUGCGAUACGCACAUGCGGCCUGGAGAAAAAGGUGAAAUUCUAUCAAGCGUCUACGUCCGAGCUCUAUGGCAAGGUUCAGGAAAUUCCUCAAACAGAAAGCACGCCUUUUUAUCCAAGAUCUCCUUACGGUAAGUAUUACGGUCUAGAAUGCACUUCGCCGUACAGCCUCUUAUUAAUAGCUUGCGCUAAGUUGUAUGCCUAUUGGAUUGUCAUCAACUACCGGGAGGCUUACGAUAUGUACGCUUGUAAUGGAAUUUUGUUUAACCAUGAAAGUCCGCGGCGCGGUGAGACAUUUGUUACCAGAAAAAUUACGAGGGAAGUUGCCAAAAUCCAUUUGGGUCUCUCAGAGUACGUCGUUCUAGGAAAUUUGGACUCGAAGAGAGACUGGGGCCACGCGAAGGACUACGUAGAAGUAAUGUGGUUGAUGCUCCAGCAGGACGCUCCCAAAGAUUACGUGAUUGCGUCCGGACAAACUCGCAGCGUGCGGGAAUUUGUGGAAACCGUCUUUCGCUACAUUGGGAAAGAAAUCGUUUGGGAAGGCGAAGGCUUAAACGAAAUUGGAAAGGAGAAGGAUACGGGAAUAAUCCGUGUUAAAGUGGACGCGAAGUAUUUCCGACCUACUGAAGUGGACCUACUGCUUGGAGAUUCUAGCAAAGCCCAACGGGAAUUGGGGUGGCAAGUGAAGAUUAAGUUUGAGGAAUUAGUUAAGGAUAUGAUGGAUUCGGAUAUUCAGUUGAUGAAAAAUAAUCCGUUGUCAUAAUUUACAAAUCAAUGAUUUUCAAUCUGCA